AUGUCAGAAAUAAGAUUUACAGUUAGUAGAUAAUGUUUGUUCUGUCUGGUCUGUAUUGAACUUCAGUUUAAAUAAUUAAAAAAAAUACAUUUAAUUUGAAAGGCACCUUAGUGACCAAAAGAACGAGAUUGCUAGUGCAAGCGGCCGCAGGGUGGCUGGGCUCAGCCUUAGAGAUAGAGUGAGGAGCUCGGACAUCCGGGAGGGACUCGAGUAGAGCCGCUGCUCCUCCACAUCGAGAGGAGCCAGUUGAGGUGGUUCAGGCAUCUGAUAAAGGUGCCUCCUGGACGCCUCUCUUGGGAGGUGUUUCGGGCAUGUCCAACUGGGAGGAGACCUCGGGGCUGCCCCAGGACACGCUGGAAGGAUUACAUUGCCUGGCUGGCCUGGGAACGCCUCGGGGUUCCCUUGGAAGAGCUGAUGGAAGUGGCUGGGGAGAGGACUGUCUGGGCUUCUUUGCUGAGGCUGCUGCCCCCGCGACCCGGACCCGGAUAAGCGGAGGAAGACGAAGACGAAGACCUUUCAAAACACCCAAGAUGUCGCUGAAGAUUUUUGAGACAAAGUGGAAAACAGCUCUGACUUCCAUCCUGGAGGAGCUGACCGAGCCGCAGUUCAGGAAGUUGAUGUUCAACCUGGGCAAAAUCCCUCAAGGUGUGAAGAUGGACAAGACCAGAGAAGAGAUCCCGUACAUAAUCAUCCAGUACUACGGGACAGAGGGGUCCAUCAGUGUCAUAGACAAAGAGAUGAAGCAGUUACCCAGGAAUGACGCUGCUGUCCAGGAGCACCUGCGCCCCUUCGUGGAGAAACUGAAGAAACAACGUCAGAAAGAAAAAAAGACGACAACCAAAAAUGAGAGUGCGUCAGGAUUGGUGGCCAAGAAGCAAAAACCUGCAGCUGUGACUAUGAGCAAACCUGCAGCUGACUCAGGAUCAGUGGCCAAGAAGCGAAAACCUGCAGCUGAGACGAUAAGCUCGAGUGUGAGUGCGUUAGGAUCAGUGUCCAAGAAGCAAAAACCUGCAGCUGUGACUAUGAGCAAACUUGCAGCUGACUUAGGAUCAGUGGCCAAGAAGCAAAAACCUGCAGCUGUGACUAUGAGCAAACUGGCAGCUGACUCAGGAUCAAUGGCCAAGAAGCAAAAACCUGCAGCUGAUCAUGUUGGAGUUGUGAAGCCCAAACAGAAAACAGAGAAACCUGCUGAAUCCACCAAAACCUCCCAGGUCCAAAGUGCUCCUGUCCAGACGGGGAGGAUUAAAAUACUGAGACUGAAAAUGUCCAAUAAGACCAACACUCACCUGGAGGUCGAGUUCAACAACCAGAUGCAGACGUUCUUCAUCACAACUCGACUUCUGGCAAACACACUCGGCUUCAGAGCGGAUGACGAUUUAGCGCUAAGACUGUUAUUUGAAUUGCCGCUCACAGCAGAUGCAAAAAUUCAAGGAAAUAAAAUCGUUGAAAUGAAAAAGGUGUAAAUAAACUGCACAUUGAACCAACUCUGUUAACAUCCAGUACUGAGGAUUUUUUAAUACAUCAGUUAAUAUUGUGUGUUCCAGUUAAAACUGCCCUGACUCCGUUACACACCGUUUUUCAGCAGGUUUCUGUAAAAAAAAACAUAAACACAGUGCGCAGCUGUUUCAUCAGGGUGGUUUAUGUAUUCUGUCUUUGUGUGAUAUUCCUGGUGCUUCAGUAGCUGACUUCUUGUUUUUUUAAUAAAACAGCCACUCGUGCCGGAUAACCCACUUUGACUGUUGAGGCCUUUUUGUUUAAAGCUUGUGCUUUGACCGAGUUACUAACUGCAGGUACUUUGGCAGAUUUGGACUCAGAAAACUUGGAACUAGAGGUUUUGUGUUUCUGCUGCAGCUGAAGAAAAUUAAACCAAAUGUAAAAUAAAAAAAUAGCACC